AUGUUAAUACUAAGGCUUGUUUCUGUGACAUGUUGUAUCUUUUUAAUAGGUGAAAUUGCUUUUGCAGAUAAGCUUGUUACCUAUAUAUUUGGUGAUUCUUUGACAGAUGUUGGGAAUAAUAAUUAUCUGCAAUAUUCUUUGGCAAAAUCCAACUAUCCUUGGUAUGGAAUCGACUAUAGUGGCGGCCAAGCGACCGGAAGAUUCACCAACGGAAGGACUAUUGGCGAUAUCAUAUCUUCAAAACUUGGAAUUCCAUCACCACCGGCUUAUUUAUCUGUGGCUCAAAAUGUUGAUGAUCUCCUCAAAGGAGUAAAUUAUGCUUCUGGUGGAGCAGGAAUUCUCAAUGACACAGGACUUUACUUUAUUCAGAAAUUGUCUUUUGAUGAUCAAAUCAACAGUUUCAAGAAAACUAAAGAUGCAAUCAUAACAAAACUAGGCGAACCUGCUGCCAACAAACAUUUCAACGAAGCCAUGUACUUCGUUAUUGGAAUCGGUAGCAAUGAUUAUGUGAACAAUUUCUUGCAACCCUUCAUGGCAGAUGGACAGCAAUAUACUCAUGAUGAGUUCAUAGAGCUCUUAAUCUCAACCUUAGAACAACAAUUUAAGAGACUCUACCAACUAGGAGCACAAAAAAUCGUCUUCCAUGGACUCGGUCCACUCGGUUGCAUUCCAUCGCAAAGAGUUAAAUCCAAAAGAGGUGAAUGUCUAAAGCAAGUUAACAAAUGGAUCCAACAAUUCAACUCAAAAGUACAAAACCUAAUCAGAAAACUAAACCAUGGUCUUCCACAUGCAAAACUCGUCUUCGCAGAUACCUAUCCUUUAGUUCUUGACUUGAUCGACAAUCCAUCUACUUACGGUUUUAAAGUUUCAAAUACAUCUUGUUGCAAUGUGGACACAAGCAUUGGAGGUUUAUGCUUGCCAAACUCAAAGUUAUGCAAAAACCGAAAUGAAUAUGUGUUUUGGGAUGCUUUUCAUCCUUCAGAUGCAGCAAAUGUUAUUCUAGCGGAUAAAUUCUUCUCUAGUCUUUUCUCUUCGGCUCCUUCUGCAGCACCUAACCCUUCACCCUAA